AAAUAAGAAAAUUUUCAAUUCUCUUCCCUCAAAAUUUUAUCCUGAACAACUUUCGGUUUUGUCCUUUUUCUCUUUCUCGUUGAGCUUAUUGACAAGCACUCAAAAAAAUUAUUUUCUUCUCGUUCAAAGACCAAUUUUCAUACCGAAGACAUGCAUGCAUGCCAUUCAUUGCAGACAUCUUAGCAGUGGAAGAGCGAGAAAUUCUAAUAAGAGAAUUCAAAAACUGCAAGGAUAUCAUACGUGUGAUUUGAACCUGUAACCUAAAAUAAGUAAUUUUUGAGUCAUAUUUGAUCAAAUAAGUAAUUUUUGAGUCAUAUUUGAUCAAAAUGGCGGACAUAAUAGUAACGAACUCCCAGAACAAAACUGAGGAUGCGAUAGUAUGUUAUGCACCAACGAUGAUAACUACAACUGGGAUAUGGCAGGGUGAUAAUCCACUUGAUUAUUCAUUGCCACUCUUCAUAUUGCAAUUGACAUUGGUGGUUGUCGUCACUCGCAUUCUCGUUUAUGUCUUGAAACCCAUUCGUCAACCUCGCGUUAUUGCUGAGAUUGUUGGUGGUGUAAUUUUGGGGCCAUCAGUAUUGGGAAGAAGUAGUAAAUUUGCUAACACUGUAUUUCCUCAAAGAAGUGUAAUGGUCCUUGAAACGAUGGCAAAUAUUGGCCUUCUUUACUUCCUCUUUCUAAUAGGAGUAGAAAUGGACAUUGCUGUGAUUCACCGAAAUGGUAAACAAGCCUUGAGUAUAGCAAUAGCAGGCAUGAUAUUGCCAUUUUUAAUUGGGAGUUCAUUCUUCUCCUUGUUGCAUGACAAAUCACAAAAUACGAAAGAAGGUACUUUCAUUCUCUUCCUUGGGCUCGCGCUUUCUGUUACUUCGUUCCCUGUUCUUGCCAGAGUUCUCGCGGAGCUCAAACUUAUCAACACUGAAAUUGGGAGGAUCGCAAUGUCUGCUUCACUUAUUAAUGAUAUGUUGGCAUGGAUUGUUUUGGCUUUUGCUGUUGCUUUUACUGAGAAUGAAAGUAUGACCUUGGCUUCAAUUUGGGUGAUCCUUUCAACUACAGCCUUUAUUUGUGUUUGCUUUUUCGUGGUUAGGCCAUUGAUUGCGAUGAGAAUUAGACAGACUCCAGAAGGCGAAUCGAUUAGUGAAUUCAAUGUAUGUCUCAUUCUCACAGGGGUUAUGAUUGCUGGAUUCAUAACAGAUGUUAUUGGAACACAUUCCGUUUUUGGAGCUUUUGUCUUUGGUUUGAUUAUCCCCAAUGGUCCUCUUGGUUUGACCCUUGUAGAAAGGCUAGAGGAUUUUGUUUCGGGGCUUUUGCUGCCUCUUUUUUUCGCCAUUAGUGGUCUCAAGACAGAGAUUUCUGCUAUUGAUGGAGCUGCAACAUGGGCAAUUUUGUGUGUUGUUAUAUUCCUGUCUUGUGCAGGCAAAGUAAUAGGUGUAGUCCUUGUAACUAUCUAUUACAAAAUGCCAUUUUAUGAAGGUGUUUCUCUUGGUCUCCUCAUGAAUGCCAAAGGCCUUAUUGAGAUGAUUGUGCUCAAUGUUGGUAAAGACCACAAGGUUCUUGAUGAAAAAUCUUUUGCUAUAAUGGUGAUGGUAGCAAUAGGCAUGACUGCAAUCAUCACCCCAGCUGUGACAAUAGUCUACAAACCAUCAAGAAAUUUCGUCCCAUAUAAGAGAAGAACAGUUCAAAAAACAAAGUUGGAUAGAGAAUUUCGAGUACUAGUUAGCAUCCACACACCAAGAAAUGUUCCAACAAUUAUCAAUCUUCUUGAAGCAUCUUAUCCCACCAAGAAAUCACCGAUAUCCAUAUAUGUUCUACACCUUGUCGAACUCACUGGACGUGCAUCUGCAAUGCUUAUUGUCCAUAACGUGAGAAAAUCAGGAAGGCCAGCUAUGAACAGAACUCAAGCUCAAUCGGAUCACAUCAUCAAUGCAUUCGAGAACUUUGAGAAAAAUGUAGGAUGUGUUUACGUGCAACCUCUCACUGCCAUUUCCCCUUACUCCACCAUGCACGAAGAUAUUUGCACGUUAGCAGAGGACAAACGCGUGGCACUAAUAAUCAUCCCUUUUCACAAGCAACAAACAGUUGAUGGUGGAAUGGAAGCUACAAAUCCAGCAUUUCGAACAAUUAACCAGAAUGUAUUAGCAAAUGCACCUUGCUCAGUUGGAAUUCUAGUUGACAGAGGCUUAAGUGGAUCCACAAGGUCAACAGUUUCUCACCAUGUCGCGAUAUUAUUCUUUGGCGGACCAGAUGAUCGUGAAGCAUUAGCCUAUGCAUGGAGAAUGAGUGAACACCCAAACAUCAAUCUAACCGUUAUGCGUUUUCUCCCUGGAGAAACUGCGAUUGAAGCAACAAGAUCAAAUUCCACCAACAACGGAACUGACCACCGUAUACUAACAGUUGUAACAGAAGCUGAUAGGGAAAAACGUCUAGACGAGGAAUAUGUAAAAGAACUCAGGGAAAGAACAACAAAUAAUGAAUCAAUAGUUUACACAGAAAGAGUAGUAAAUCAUGGAGAAGAAACAGUAGCAGCAAUAAGGUCUAUAGAUAAUUCACAUGACUUGUUCAUAGUUGGUAGAGGACAAGGUACCGUUUCUCCGUUGACCGCAGGAUUGACUGAUUGGAGUGAAUGUCCUGAGCUUGGUGCCAUUGGAGAUCUCUUAGCUUCAUCAGAUUUUGAGAUGACAGCUUCAGUUUUAAUAGUGCAACAAUAUGUAGGAAUGGGAACUGGAGAUCCAUUGGCCACUCCAGAUAGUCCUAGUCAGCACUAUGAACACUUUAACAUUGAUCAAACUAAUAGCAGGUCACAAACUAGAGAACAACAUUCUAGUUUUCAUUCACAACAAUGA